AUGUCUCUCGCUGAGCGCGUCACAUCGCUCGAGGAGUACCGUCCGAGCCGUCCGGGCAGCAGAGCCGCAAGCCCGGAUAGCAAACACAAGAACUUGAGCUUCAAUCCCGUGGGAACGUGGACCGAGCCUGCGUUCGAGGAGCGAUUGGAGCCUGUGAGCGCUUUCGAAAUUCCUCGGUGGAAGCGGUUGCUUCAGGUCUUUUUCGCUGUGGUGUACUGUCUGCUCGCUGCCGGUGUCGUUUUCGGGUAUGCCGCCAUCAAGCCCGUGUUAAUCGAGGAAAAGGUAUAUCGGGAGUACUGCACGGCCGACGAGUUGGAGCAGGAUGUCUGGGUGUGCUAUAAGCAGGACUUGCGACUGAACCUCAUGUUCACAGUCGCCGCUGUUUCCACCAAUGUCGUCGCUCUUCCCGUCGGUACCAUCCUCGACCGUUUCGGACCUCGAGUUAGUGGCAUAACAGGCGCCGUCUUCAUCGCCGUAGGCACGGUUCUCUUUGCCCUAUCGCGCCAACUACCUUUCGAUGGCUACCUCCCUGGAUACUUCUUUCUGGCGUUGGGCGGGCCUUUCAUUUUCAUAUCCUCCUUCCAGCUGAGCAACACAUUCCCUCAGUACUCGGGCCUGAUCCUGGCACUCCUGACUGGAGCCUUCGACACGUCCAGUGCCAUGUUCCUCUUCUAUCGGUUGGCAUACCAGGCUACGAACGGCAAUUUUGGUUUCAAGAAGUUCUUCUUGGGCUAUCUAAUGGUUCCUGUGUAUAUCCUUAUUGUACAGGUCUUCUUCAUGCCAGCCACAUCCUACAAGACAGUUGGCGAGCUGGUUCACCAAGCAGAAGAGACAAACAAUGAAGCUCUCAUGCAUGACUCGGACGACGAGAUCUCCGACCCGGACACUGUGCGCCAACUCCGCGACGCCAGGCGGGUCCAUCGCGAUAGCAUCGUGAGCGAGAUCACCACCUUGCUGGGUACAAAGGAUGCGACGCAGCAGACGAGGGACGAACAGAAGAAGAAGAACAUAUCGGGAGUGUGGGGAGCUCUGCAUGGGCGCACGGCCGCAGAGCAGAUUCGGACGCCCUGGUUCAUCCUCAUCAUGCUCUUCACUGUGCUUCAGAUGACACGGAUCAAUUACUUCGUUGCGACUAUCCGCGCGCAGUACACCUAUCUUCUUGGAUCUUACGAUAAGGCCGUGGCGAUCAACCACUUCUUCGACGUAGCGUUGCCGCUUGGAGGCGUCCUCUCGGUCCCCUUCAUCGGCAUCCUACUCGACAACACAAGCACGACAUUCAGCAUGAGCCUCCUCGUGGUGGUUGCAACCACCAUAGGCGUUCUGGGCAUCAUUCCGCAAACCUGGGCCGCCUACGCAAACAUCUGCCUCUUCGUCAUCUACCGCCCGCUCUACUACACCGCCGUCUCUGACUAUGCCGCCAAAGUCUUCGGCUUCGCUACCUUCGGCAAAGUCUACGGCCUUAUCAUCUGCCUGGCGGGGCUCCUCAAUUUCUCCCAAACCGGCCUCGACGCCCUGACGCACAAGGCCUUCAACAACAACCCCGUCCCCGUGAACGUCAUUCUCCUGGGCUUGGGGCUGCUCGUUGGGAGUGCCCUGGUAGGCUUCGUGUAUAAGCGGAGUCAUGCGAUUCUGAGGGAAAAUGUGGAAGAGGAGGCCGAGGGCGCGAGCGAGGUCCUCAUGCCGGGCGCGGGACUGAAGGGGCAUGGUGUGCAGGCGAAUGAUUACGGGGCGAUUGGGGGGUCUGGGUCGGUAAGUCAAGAAGAGAGGGGAAGAUCAAGGGUAUGA